ACUAUUACAGUCUAUAGCAUAAAAAAAGAAACUGGUUUUUCUGAUAUUGAGGAAGGUAAGCGAAAAAGCGCGAAAUAGAGGCAUGGAUUUUACUUGUGCGUCGUAAUCGUAAGAAGAAAAAUUAAAACAAACAAAAAAUGUUGAAAUUGCAAUCGCAUAUGAGAGAGAGAGAGAGAGAUGUAGCGUAGCAUAGUAUAGCAGUUGGUGAUGGUGAUUUAAUUUGGAUUUGAUUGCAUUGCAUUGCAUCUGCAUUUGCAUUGACACCUAAACCGAAAGCAACGAAAACUUUGGAAUCCGAAUCUGUUGGCCGGAAACCUAACAGAUCCGAUGGAGGCCAUUGAAGAAUUGGUUCAGCUCUCCGAUUCUAUGCGCCAAGCCACCGCUGUCCUCGCCGACGACGAAGACAUUGAAGACUCCAAGCGCCGCCCUUCCACUUUCCUCCAUGUCGUUGCCCUCGGCAAUGUUGGUGCUGGAAAAUCUGCUGCCUUGAAUAGCUUGAUUGGACAUCCUGUUCUGCCAACUGGUGAAAAUGGUGCUACCAGGGCUCCUAUUAGCAUUGAAUUGAAUAGAGACACCUCUUUAAAUAGCAAGUCAAUUGUCCUUCAAAUUGAAAAUAAUACUCAGCAGGUUUCUGCAAGUUCUCUUCGACAUUCUCUACAGGGUAGACUCAGCAAAGGUUCAUCUGGUAGGACCCGUGAUGAAAUAUAUCUCAAACUUGCUACCAGUACCGCACCUCCAUUGAAAUUGAUUGACUUGCCUGGACUAGACCAGCGGAUAGUGGAUGACAAACUGAUCAGUGAAUAUGUCGAGCACAAUGAUGCUAUUUUGCUGGUAGUUAUUCCUGCUGCUCAGGCACCAGAAAUUUCAUCAUCACGAGCCCUUAAAAUAGCAAAGGAGUAUGAUGCAGAAUCCACCAGAACAGUUGGGGUUAUCAGUAAAAUUGAUCAGGCAGCUUCAGAACCAAAAGCUCUUUCAGCAGUACAGGCUCUCCUAUUGAAUCAGGGACCCCCAAAAACCUCUGAUAUUCCAUGGGUUGCUCUGAUAGGCCAAUCUGUUUCUAUAGCUUCUGCGCAGUCUGGGAGUGGUGCAUCUGAAAGCUCGUUGGAAACUGCUUGGCGAGCUGAAACUGAAAGUUUGAAAUCAAUACUCACUGGAGCCCCUCAAAGCAAGCUUGGUAGAAUUGCUUUGGUUGAGUCUCUUGCUGGACAGAUUCGCAAUCGUAUGAAGCUCCGCCUUCCAACUCUCCUCACUGGUCUUCAGGGAAAGUCUCAAAAUGUUCAGGAAGAGUUAGUGAAGCUUGGUGAACAAAUGGUCAGUGGUUCUGAAGGUACAAGAGCUCUAGCCUUGGAGUUAUGUCGUGAAUUUGAGGAAAAAUUUCUUCAACAUCUUACUGGAGGCGAGGGCAAUGGUUGGAAAGUUGUUGCUAGUUUUGAAGGAAAUUUUCCUAACAGGAUCAAACAACUUCCUAUUGACAGACACUUUGACAUAAGCAAUGUCAAGAGGAUUGUCCUAGAAGCAGAUGGAUAUCAACCUUAUCUUAUCUCUCCAGAGAAAGGUUUGAGGUCCUUAAUCAAAGGCGUUCUUGAACUGGCGAAGGAGCCAUCACGCCUGUGUGUUGAUGAGGUACAUCGUGUGCUUGUUGAUCUAGUUUCUGCUUCUGCAAAUGGUACACCUGGUCUUGGAAGAUAUCCUCCAUUCAAGAGAGAGAUUGUGGCAAUUGCAAGUUCUGCCCUGGAGGCAUUUAAAAAUGAAUCCAAAAAAAUGGUGGUUGCAUUAAUUGAUAUGGAGCGUGCAUUUGUUCCACCCCAACAUUUUAUUCGUUUGGUGCAGAGGCGAAUGGAAAGGCAACGCCGAGAAGAUGAGCUAAAGAACCGAUCAUCCAAGAAAGCCCUUGAUGCAGAGCAGUCAAUUCUAAAUAGGGCCACUAGUCCUCAAACAGGUCAACAAAGUGGAGGAAACUUAAAAUCAAUGAAAGAGAAAUCCAGUCAACAAGACAAGGACACACAAGAGGGAUCUACAUCUGGCUUGAAGACUGCAGGGCCUGAUGGGGAGAUCACAGCAGGAUAUUUGUUGAAAAAAAGUGGAAAAGGAAGUGGUUGGACUAAGCGAUGGUUUGUUUUAAAUGAAAAGAGUGGCAAGCUUGGAUACACCAAGAAGCAAGAAGAGAGACAUUUCCGAGGAGUAAUUACAUUAGAGGAAUGCAAUAUUGAUGAGAUUUCUGAUGAUGAUGAAGCCCCUGCAAAGAGUUCCAAGGAUAAAAAGUCCAAUGGGCCUGAUUCUUUAAAAUCAGCCAACCUCAUUUUCAAGAUAACGAGCAAGGUCCCCUAUAAGACUGUUAUGAAAGCUCAAAGUGCAGUUUUGUUAAAGGCUGAGAGCAUGGCAGAUAAGGUUGAGUGGAUCAAUAAGCUAAGAAAUGUUGCCCAGGCUAAAGGAGGUCAAGCCGUUGGUGAACCUAGUUUUCCUAUGCGACAAAGUCUUUCUGAUGGCUCCCUUGAUACUAUGACUAGAAAACCUGCGGAUCCAGAAGAGGAGCUCAGAUGGAUGUCUCAAGAAGUGCGUGGUUAUGUUGAAGCUGUUCUUAACAGCCUUGCUGCUAAUGUGCCAAAAGCAGUUGUUCUUUGCCAAGUAGAGAAAGCUAAAGAAGACAUGCUUAACCAGUUAUACAGCUCUAUCAGCGCUCAAAGCUCAGCAAAAAUUGACGAACUGCUCCAGGAGGACCACAAUGUCAAGCGUAGAAGGGAGCGUGCUCAGAAACAAUCUUCCCUUCUUUCAAAACUCACCAGGCAGCUUAGUGUCCAUGACAAUAGAGCGGCUGCAGCGUCCAAUUGGUCUGAUAGAGGGAGUGCAGCAGAAAGCAGCCCAAGAAGCUCUGGACCUUCAUCAGGUGAUGAUUGGAGGUCUGCAUUUGAUGCUGCUGCUGCCAAUGGUCCAAGCGACUUGUCAUCUAGGUAUGGUUCUGGUGGUCAUAGUAGACGUUACAGUGACCCAUCUCAAAAUGGCGAUAUGAGUCCAGGCUCAAAUUCUAGCAGUCGCCGAACGACACCGGCACGGUUACCUCCUGCCCCUCCAUCAUCUGGUUCAAGAUAUUAGAUAAAGCCACAUAUGGUUUAAACCAAAGUUAUCAAUUCACGACUGAUGGAUGCCUUCAAAUUUUCAACUAAUGUCGAGACUUUCCACCACCUUGAAGUGACUUAGUCGGAAUGUCAUAGGUUUGUAGAUAAGUAUUGAUGCCCUACCAGUCAUCUGAAGGUCAUACGCAGUAUGUGUCCAAUUUUAUUCCCUUACUGGGUAUGUGGGGGCUUUGUUGGGUGAGAUGAUAUUGUGUCUCCCCUACAUUCUUUUACUCUUAAAGAUGUAAUUGUUUUGUAUCCCAUGCGAUUACCAGCAUUUAUAUCAAUGCGCGUUAAUCAUGAGUGCCUUUUUUUUUCUGGAACUUUUGUUAAGCACUUGAUUGUUUCUGGUUGAAUAUAAGAAAAAGUUUGCGAUUUUAAUGGUUAGAAUUUUCUUUUUUGGUCAA